AUGAAUUCUGGGAAAAGCUCGAACGAUACGGAUAAUAUACCAAAAAAAGAAUCCAAUCAAGAACAGGAAUCUGCUGAAAAACCAUCAUCUCUCUAUUUCCAUGUCAAUGAUAUUCCUGAUAUAUUCUCUAUUUUAUUAUUCGGAUUUCAGCAAAUGAUGAUCUGCCUAUCAGCUCUACUUGUAGUUCCUUAUUAUGUUUCAACUAUGGUCUGUGCGGGUGACCAAGCUAUUGAAUUACGAGUGCAAUUAAUCUCGGCUACAUUUUUCACUUCCGGAAUUGCAACAAUUCUUCAAACAACAUUUGGAAUGAGAUUGUCCAUUCUUCAUGGUCCUUCAUUCGCAUUUUUGCCAGCACUUCACACGUUUCAAAAUAAUUUUCCAUGUAAUGCUGACACAGAUCCCGAAAUGUGGAAAGUUAAAAUGCAACUUAUUUCUGGAAGUUGUAUUGUUGCAGUUUUGCUGAUGCCUUUAUUAGGCCUCACUGGUCUCAUUGGUGCAUUUUCGCGGUAUAUUGGUCCCAUUACUAUCGUGCCAAUAAUGCUUUUGCUAACAAUUGGAACCGUGCCCGACAUUGAAGAAAAAAUGGGAUUGCAUUGGAUAUCGAUUUUAGAAUUUCUCAUUCUUAUUUUGUUCGUAGUUAUUCUCGAAGAGUGGGAAGUUCCGAUUCCGGCAUUUUCUUUCAAACGACGUCGAUUCUAUAUUGCGAGACAGAAAAUUCUCAGCCAGUUCCCAUAUUUGAUUGGAAUUUCGAUUGCUUGGUUCAUUUGUUUCAUCAUGACUGUGGCCAAUUGGACGCCUGUUAAUAGUCCCGCUCGAACCGAUCAUAAUGACAGCUUGCAUGUUCUGGAAACGACACCCUGGUUUCAAAUUCCAAUGCCGGGACGUUAUGGUGCACCGAAAUUCAAUCUUGCUCUCGUAUUCGGAUUUCUGGCAUCGUGUGUUGCCGCAAUGAUUGAAAGUAUUGGAGAUUACAAUCUUUGUGCAAAAAUUUCUUGCCAAGACCGACCGCCUCCAUCGAACAUUAACAGAGCUUUUGUCGUCGAGGGAAUUGGCUGCAUUUUGGCUGCAUUGAUGGGAGUCGGAACUGGAAUCACGACGUACGCCGAGAAUAUUGCGAUUAUGUCUGUGACAAAGGUGGCAAGUCGAGUCACAAUGCAAGUUGCUGGCCUUCUUCUAAUUACCACAGCCGUUAUUUCGAAAUUUGCCGCAUUUUUGGCCAUGAUUCCGGAGGCAAUCAUCGGAGGAGUUCUCGCAAUUGGAGUAUGCAUGAUAAAUGGUGUUACUCUCAGUAAUUUACAAAGCGUUGAUCUACGAAUCUCUCGAAAUCUCACAAUUAUGGGUGUUGCUGUGAUUAUGGGUUGCACUGUACCAAUGCAUUUCGAAAAGCAUCCUCUGAGAACUGGUAUCACAAUAGUGGAUGACGUAUUUGGUACAUUGCUCACAAUUCGAAUGCUCAUUGGCGGAGUGAUUGCAUUUGUCCUUGAUAAUGUCACUCCAGGCGCAACUCGCGAACAGCGUGGAUUCCCAACUGAGGAAUGUUCAGAUCUUACUCCAAUUCAUCACAAUGGAUAUGUAUUUUCAUCUUCAGUCAACAGAUUUUUUUUGAAAUACAACUGGCUUACUCAUCUGCCGGUUGUACCAUCAAAAAGCGAAAUAUCUAUAACAGAAGAUCAAAGGAGUGCUUCAUCAUCAACAUCGAUUUUCAAAGUUUGA